AACAUUUCAAAACUGUAAGGAGAAUAAUACAAUCAGUAUAAAAAUUCUGUUCUAAAACUAGAAUUAAAGAAACAAUAAAGAACAAUACGCUUAGAGCUAAUUGAAGAGUUACAUUUACAACGCAAUUCAAACUAAAAGUAAAUUACAAAAUUAUUAUACAAUGGAACCGGCAAGUGAUUCCAGCUGCUCAGCAAUGCAGGUCGAAGAGACGGAAAGCGAGCAACAGGUGGAUGAAGAAAUGGACAUCGAUGAGAAUGUCGAUGAGCAACCAAUGUGUAGUGCAAGCAAUCGGGAAAAACCCAAGAAAUAUUUUACAGUGAAGAAAUGGAAUGCGGUGGCAAUGUGGGCGUGGGAUAUCACCGUGGACACUUGCGCCAUUUGCCGCAAUUCCAUUAUGGAUCUGUGCAUCGAAUGUCAGGCGGAUCCGAAUCAAAACACCGAGGAAUGCACCGUGGCCUGGGGCGUUUGCAAUCACGCCUAUCACUUCCAUUGCAUCUCGCGUUGGCUCAAAUCUCGCUCCGUCUGCCCGCUGGACAAUCGCGAGUGGGAGUUUCAAAAGCUUGGUCGUUAGUUUGUGUGGUUUAUGGGUGGGAAGGGUGGUGGGAGGGCUCAAGUAAUAAGAAAUCGUUGUGCUGACUCGGCGUUCUGAACUUUAUCAUUAUUUUGUGUUAAUUAUGCAUCUUUCGCCGGCUGACGGCAAGUCUCUGAAGUGCGGUGAGGCGGUGUGCGGUGUGCGGCUCAAUGCCCAAUUAUCAUUUGUGUGCUCGCAACUUUUGCGGCACUUAAUAAACGAGCUGGAGAAGAAGGACGAUGUGCAAAACUCGAAA